UCUUGUGAGGUUGCUGACCAAUCACAGACCAACACCGCAAAGAAACGCAUUUAAAAUUAAUUACUUUCAUCAUGGUAAAUACUACUGUCUCGCAGAGCUAGGUCACAUCUUACUGUAUUCUGUCAGGGCAGAGAAAAGAGGCAAGAUGAAUUCCAAAUUAAUAUUUCUCCUAGUCCUUGCAUUUGUGUGCUACGCACAUGCUAGAUCGACAAAAGGUUCCAAACGUUGUUGUCCUUGUUGUCCACCUCCCCCACCACCUCCACCACCAACGCAACAGAUUGCCGGACCAAUGGGACCAAUGGGACCACCAGGAUGUUCCGGACCACCCGGAUCCCCCGGAUGUCCCGGAUGGAAGGGAUGCACUGGACCCAUCGGUCUCCCAGGACCACCCGGCCUCCCCGGCCCAAUCGGUGCACCCGGACCAAUGGGACCUAAGGGAUGCGGCGGCGCCCCUGGUCUGCCAGGAUGUCCUGGACUCAAAGGAUGCCCAGGAUGCUCCGGACCACCCGGACCUCCCGGACCAGCUGGACCCCAGGGAGCUCCUGGAGCUCCUGCCCCUGCCCCCUGUCCACCCCCACCACCACCACCAUGUUGUCCUGCUCCCGCCUGCUGCAAAAGGAAUCACAAGACAUCACCAGAACCACUGAAAGCCAAUAGCCCAGGUCAUCAUUUGAUCAAGAACAUCAGGAAAAGUCAUGACUAAAAGAAAGUUAUUGUAUGCAAAGUGUUUUACUGAAAACCCAGUUGACAAUUUUUGAGAUCGUCAAGAGCAUGAAAUCUGGAAAACCGACGUUAAAAAAAUGCGAAAGUAUAAAACCAAGCAUGUAAAACGUGGUGUUUGACCAAUUAAAUGAAUUAAAGACAAAUUGUUAAACAA